GAGAUGCAGAUUAUCAAGUCUCUUCGUGAAACCUGCAUUUCACUUCCACAACUGAAGAGGGAGCCAGUUCUAAAAUAGUUUCGUGUAUUCAAGGCAUGUCAAGAGUUCAGAGUUAGGAGGUCUUAAGCGUGGUUCCUGUAUAUGUGAAGUGUACAGUACUUGUAGCUGUUUCUAAGAAGAAUUGUUAAAACAGAGGCCAUGCGCAAUCUUAAACUGCUGAAGAGCCUGCAGUGCCACAGUCUGCAGGGUUUUGGCAGCCCACAGUGCUUCACAAUACGCUCGGAUUCCGGGACGGUACUUGUGGGAUCAGACCGCGGCAUUACUGAACUUGACCCCAGAGGGGAGCAGGUGGUAAACGAGGUAUCCCUCACUUCAGAUAACUAUCUCCCUGAAGAUGGCAGUGGAGUGGUCAUUGGGAUUCAGGAUCUGCCAGACCAGGAGUCAGUCUGUGUGGCAACAGCAACCGGGGAUGUUAUACUGUGUAACCUGAACACAAGUCAGCUAGAAUGUGUUGGCAGUGUGGACAGUGGACUUACAGGCAUGAGCUGGAGUCCAGACCAAGAGCUUGUUAUCCUCACUACAGGACAGGAGACCAUAAUCAUGAUGACAAAGGACUUUGAACCGAUUACUGAAGUGAAGAUACAUCAAGAGGACUUUGGUGAAGGAAAGUUUGUCACUGUUGGCUGGGGGAAGAAAGAAACACAGUUCCAUGGAUCAGAAGGCAAGCAAGCUGCCCAGCGCAAACUGACAGAGGUACAGCCCGCUGUGCCCUGGGAUGACCAAAGACCGCGUGUCACUUGGAGGGGAGAUGGCCAGCUUUUUGCAUUGAGUGCUGUAUGCCCAGAGACUGGUGCCCGGAAGGUGAGGGUUUGGAACAGAGAGUGUGUUCUGCAGUCUACUAGCGAGAAUGUCAAUGGGCUGGAACAAUCACUUUGCUGGAAACCCUCUGGAAGUCUGAUUGCAUCGACACAGAGGAAACCUAACAAACAUGACGUGGUGUUUUUCGAGAGGAAUGGGCUUCUGCAUGGAGAAUUCACCCUUCCGUUUGGCAAGGAUCAAGUCAAGGUAAAGGAGCUGCUGUGGAACAGUGACUCGACAGUGCUGGCAAUCUGGCUGGAAGAUAUACCCUCAGAUGGACACAGCAAACCAAACACCUAUGUCCAGUUGUGGACAGUAGGGAACUACCAUUGGUAUUUGAAGCAGAGUCUUCAUUUCGGGAAUGCUCCGGAGAGUGCUUUGGUGUCUGUGAGCUGGGAUCCGGAGACUCCCUAUCGCCUGCAUGUCCUGAGCAGCGGAUGGCAGUACCUGUGCUAUGACUGGUACUGGAGCACGGAGUGCAGUACUGGGGAGGACUCUGAGGAUGCUGCUAAUGUGGCUGUUAUAGAUGGAGACAAGGUCCUAGUGACCACGUUCCGACAGUGUGUGGUGCCCCCUCCCAUGUGUACCUACCAGCUCCAGCUGCCAUGUGCGGUGAACCAGGUCACCUUCCACCCCGAGCCAGGGAGUACCAACCAGCUAGCUGUGCUCACAGCUGACAGCCGCCUCUCCAUCUACAGACACGGUAACGAUACCAGUAAAGAUUCAACAGUUAAAAUCGGAGCAGUCGGGGGAAAUGGGUUUAAAGUUACCACAGCUACUCCUGUACUGGAUAAAACAUACAGUGUUGUGCUUGGGAAGAAUGCCGAGGGGGGCAAUCCUCUACAGCUGCGCCUUCUGACCUGGCUUAAGAAGGACACAUUCCUGGCUGUGAGUCCUGGAGAGCGGACCUCCCAGUCUUGCAUCCUCCAGCUGGCCCCUACAGGGGCAGAUCACAUGGAAGUCAGGUCGGCUAUUCCGGUAGACGGUCAUGUGAUCAGUGUUUGUUACAACCAGAAGACCAGGACAGUGGCUGUGCAGCUGGAGGAUGGACAGAUAAUGAGAUACUUGUGGGACUCUUACCCUGUAGAGUCUUCAGGGUCACCUGUUGAAGUGUGGCGGAACAGCAGUGGCUGUGUUACCCAGUUCCCUCAGCCUUGUGUUCAGACUGCCCUAGGCACUAUCGCAGGGGAGGAGCAGGUUUUAGGACUCACUGACCGAUCUCGCUUUUUUAUCAAUGACACUGAGAUUGCCUCAAACAUCACCUCCUUUAGACUCUACGAUGAGUUUCUUCUGCUUACAACCCAUUCACAUACCUGCAGGUGCAUACGUUUACAAGAGGUUUCAAUAAAAGGUUUGUUAUCUGCAUUGAGCACUGAUGCCAACCAAAAUGAUGAGACAAUCCGCAGAGUAGAGAGAGGGUCUCGAAUCGUCAUUGUGGUACCCCAGGACACAAAACUCAUCUUGCAGAUGCCACGAGGGAACCUUGAAACUAUUCACCACCGAGCUCUGGUGCUCGCCCAGGUCAGGAAAUGGUUGGACAGGCUGAUGUUCAAAGAUGCCUUUGACUGUAUGAGGAAGCUCAGGAUCGACCUUAACCUGAUCUAUGACCACAACCCCAAGGUGUUUUUAGAAAAUGUGGAACUGUUCCUGAAGCAGAUAAACUCAGUAAACCAUGUGAACCUGUUCCUAACAGAGUUAAAAGAAGAGGAUGUGACCAAGACAAUGUACCCAUGCCCAUCCUCCAGUACAAUUCCAACAGCCCCGGGGUUUGAUGGGAAGAAAGUGGACAUUGUCUGUGAUGCACUGAGAGUGGCUAUGGAGAAAAUGGAUCCUAAUAAGCACUGCUUGUCUAUAUUGACUUCAUAUGUGAGAAAAAGCACCCCGGAACUGGAAAUAGCUCUUCAAAAAGUCCACGAACUAAGAGUAAACCCCCCCGUGUUUCCCGGGGCAGUCAGUGCAGAGGAAGCUCUUAAGUACUUGCUGUUCCUGGUGAAUGUAAAUGAACUCUAUGAACACUCUCUGGGAACGUACGACUUUGACCUGGUCGUCAUGGUUGCAGAGAAGUCUCAGAAGGAUCCAAAGGAAUAUCUACCAUUUUUAAAUAACCUGAAGAAAAUGGAAACCAACUACCAGCGAUACACCAUUGACAAGCAUUUGAAGCGAUACAAAAAGGCUCUACAUCAUCUUAGCAAAUGUGGUCAAGAACACUUUGCAGAAUUUUUAAACCUGGUAAGGGACCAAAAGUUAUACAAUGAAGCCCUAAAGAUUUAUCCAGUUGAGAGCCAAGAGUACAAGGAAGUGAGCUGUGCAUAUGGGGAGUACCUGAGCGAGCAGCAGCACCAGGAGCAGGCCGGCCUCCUCUUCUCUCGCUGUGGGGAGACCCAGAGGGCGCUCGACGCCUUUGUGUCCAGCACCAGCUGGCAGCAUGCCUUGUGCAUGGCAGCAAAGCUCAGCUUUCCUGAGGACAAGCUGGCUAACCUGGCCCGCAGCCUGGCUGAAAAAUUGUUGGAACAAAGACGACAUUCUGAAGCAGCCCUUCUUCUCGAGCAGUACGCCAAGGACUGUGAGGAAGCCAUCACUGCUCUGAUAGAAGGUGCAACCUGGGAUGAAGCUUUAAGACUGGUUUACUUAUAUAACAGGCAAGAUAUUUUGGAGACAAAUCUAAAACCUGCUUUACUAGAAGCACACAACAACCAGACAUCCUUUGUUGAGUCUCAGAAGAUGAUAUUCUUGCGCCAUAAAAAUCGCUUGGCAGUUGUACGCGAACUGAAAGAGAAGGCCAGGCAGGAGCUUCUAGAUGAUGAGAUGCCAGACUGCCCAGACUCUGACCUAUUCUCAGAGGCCAGCAGUGUGAUGACAGCCAGCAACAUGAGUUCCAAGUACUCUCACAGCAAUUCUAAGAUCUCUGCGAGAUCUUCUAAGAAUCGUCGGAAAGCAGAGCGCAAGAAGCACAGCCUGAAGGAGGGCAGCCCACUGGAGGAUGUGGCUCUGCUGCAGGCUCUGGGAGAGAUCGUCCGGUCUGUCAACAAGUUAACAGGCGAGGUGCAUAGCCUGUUGAAAGCGCUGGUUCUUUUUGGAUAUGACAGCCAAGCCCUCAAACUACAACAGACUUUAGAAGAAACAUUGCAAUUGAUGGACAAAUCCAUCCCUGAGAUCUGGCAGGUGGGCCUCCAGCAAAACACAGGCACUCCAGUUCUUGGUCCAAAUUCAACAGCUAAUAGCAUAAUGGCCUCAUACCAGCAGCCAAAACCACCUGCACUGCCCCAGCAAGAUACAGAACUUUUCAUUCCUCCAAAGAUGAGCAAGAAUGUCAAGUGGAAGCUGAAUCUUCUGGAGUAGAUUACUUUACCCAUCAUCCUGUUCUGUACAGAUCUGCCAACAAUAUUUAUUUUCCCAAAAUGUUAACGUUUUCCAAAUCCAAGAAAAAACUAAAUAAACGACAGUGUGUAACUGGGUCAACGACAUAUUUUUUUAUUUCUGUCCCGAAAAAUGGUUUGAAGGACCAGGAACAUUACUUGAAGAACAUUAGCGUAUUAAUACCUAUUAAUUAAAUCAUUAAAGUCUUAGGUGUGGAGGGAAUUAUAUACCUUUUCUGUCCUUUGGGAUUUAGUACCCCAGAUUUAGAAUUUGAGAUAUAAAUGUAUAGGAGGCUGUGUGGUCCAGUGGUUAAAGAAAAGGGGCUUGUAACCGGGAGGUCCCCGGUUCAAAUCCCACCUCAGCCACUAACUCAUUGUAUGACCCUGAGCAAGUCACUUAACCUCCUUGUGCUCCGUUUUUCGGGUGAGACGUAGUUGUAAGUGACUCUGCAGCUGAUGCAUAGUUCACACACCCUAGUCUCUGUAAGUCGCCUUGGAUAAAGGCAUCUGCUAAAUAAAUAUUUUUCAUAAAACAUAACCAUUUUGAGUUAACAAGGCAUUGGGAGAAGACCUUUGCAUGUUAACUGCGGACAUUACAAAAUAACUUAAGAUGGGUAUAAACUCAUGUUUAUCUCAUGUUAUAAUGUGUUCAUGUUUAAACUGAGUUUGUAUGUCAUUUUCUUUUUCAGUAAUCAAAUGCUGUAGACUUUUUAAAACUCAAAAGCAUGCCUGGGGCCUCAGUGUACAGGUUAAUAAUGGUUACAGUCUGGUGUAACAGCUGAACUUGAGAGCACAGGGGUGCUUUUAAAUGACUUGGUUGUAAAAGGUCUCCAGGAUGUGUCGCCUGAGACAGAAAAUGAUAUACCAAGUGGCAUUUGUUAAAAUAAGUGAUAUUUCAGAUCCAUACCAAGUGGCUUGUGGAGUUUAGUCAUUCUAGACUGUGACACCCCACAGUGUCUUCCCAAGGUGCAUUUUUCACAUGCUCGGACAGUGUGUGUGUGUGUGUGUGUGUGUGUAUCUGCAUUACCCCAUAAGUUUGUUUAGCCUCCAUGCCCAACUAAACUUUGCCCUUUGUUUUUGAGACUACCUGGAAAGGUGCCUGGAGGAGUAAGUCAAGAGAAGUCCAUUUGUGUGUGUGUGUAUGACCCAUGAUCAGCAGGGGCCGGUUUUUCAAAACUUAAUCUGAUCCGGAUUUUGUAAUUGAGAUUCCUUUAAAAAAAAAAUAUAUAUAAUAAUUUUGUAAUCAUAAUUAUUUGUAAUCUGGAUAAAAGUAAUCCAGCAGUGACAUUUUUCUGAUCAAAAUGAUCCAGGUAAAAGUAAUCUCAAUCAUAAAAUAUAGGAUUACAAAAUCGCUUUGAUCCAGAUUUAACUUUUGAGAAACCGGCCCCUGGACAUUGAAGUUUUGACCCGAUUAAAAAACUAAGUAUACGUCAAAUAGAAUAUGGAUGUUAUUCACGAAUUAUUGUAUGUAAAAUGUAUCUUCUCUAAACCUGUAUAAUGGCAGACACUUGUUAUUAUGAGUUCUACAUAGAAUCCAACACAUAGCAUUUGUAAUAAAAGUGAUCUUAAGAAAAGCAACAACAUUUCCGAACUUGUUUACUGUUCAGUUUGUUUACAUCACCCAAAGGAAGCAAAAUAAACAUUAAUUCAUUUUAAAAUGAGG